AUGACAUCGUCCGCCCAGGAACUGAGCCGCACCGAGCGCAACCUCUGGAGCGCCAUCGUCGGUGAAGCAUUGGCUCACUUGAAGUACAACGCUUUUGCCCACAAGGCGCUGGAAGAGGGCUAUCCCGAAGUGGCCCAGAUUUUCCAGGAGGUCGCCGGCGCCGAAACUAUUCACGGCCUGAACCACUUGCGGGUGGCCGGAGAGGUACACAGCACCAUCGAAAAUCUCCGGGUGGUAACUGAAGGAGAAUCGCGGGAAUUCAGCACCAUGUAUCCCCGCAUGAUCCGGGACGCCCAGAGCGACGGCCGCCAGGACGCCGCCGAUUCAUUCGCCCUGGCGCUGGAAAGGGAACAGCAUCACCAGACCAUUUUUGCCCGUGCGUUGACGCAAUUGGAAACUCGUCAGGGUCGGGAAGGAACCGCCGCCCAAGUAGUGCCUUCUCAUCCAGUUGAUUUUCCACAACCCGCCCAGGCACCAAUCGAACGGGUUUCCGCUGAGGAAUUGCCCGCCCCUGCCGCGCCCGCAACGAGGGCAGUGGAGCCGGAACUGGUCACUGUAAGUCCUGACCUGGCGGUGGGAGAAGGUCCAGACGCAAUAGACUUGAACACCUACGUGGCCGCCACCAUUGAAGUCGAUAAGGAGCGUUUCCGUGUUGCCAAUUUGGGCAGGUUGCGGGAGGUGGUAUUCGGUGCGCAGGACGGCAUCCUAAGCACCGUCGCCCUGGUUACGUCCGUAGCAGUGGCCAUUGGCGACGGCGCCACGGUGCUGGUAGCCGGUCUGGCUGCCGCCCUGGCCGGAAUGAUUUCCAUGGCCACCGGCGCCUACCUGGGGUCCCGUGCCGAACAGGAUGUACAAAGAGCUGAAAUAGCCCGCGAGGCCCAGGAGUUGGAAGAAAACCCUGCCGAGGAAUUUGCGGAGCUGGUGGUGGUGCUGCAACGGGAAGGGAGAAGUUUCCAGGAAGCCAAUGCCCUGGCUUCCGAAAUCGCCCAGGACAAGGAAGCGUGGCUCAACACCCUCGUGGAGAAGGAACUGGGGAUCAGUGUAGAAGAGACCACCAAUCCUGUCAAAGACGCCCUUGUGAUGGGGGUAUCAUUUGUGGUGGCAGCGAUGAUCCCGAUCUUGCCCUACCUGUUCCUGGCCGGUUGGACCGCUAUCACCGUUUCAGUUGCGGGGGCCCUGGUCGGUCUCUUCGUGUUGGGCAUGGGCAAGGGCCGUAUGGUCAGCAAGUCUCCACUGUUGCAGGGGUUGGAGAUCCUGGUCAUCGGAAUCAUAUCCGCCGCAAUCGGUUUUGCCCUGGGAGACCUGGUGCCAAGGCUAUUCACCUAG